GUAGAAAAUAUGGAUUUUUUGAGUAGUUGGUGUAGAAGUACCAAGUUUUUGGAUGGAUACAUAGUUGUCCUAACUGGAGGAAAUACUGGCAUUGGCAAAGAAACCGCUCUUAAUUUGUUUAAAAGAGGCGCACGGGUUAUUUUAGCUUGUCGCGAUACAGCCAAAGCAGAAAAGGCGAAAGAUGAUAUCCUCAAACAUACCAACGAUGAACACAAGGGUUCCGUAUCCAUCGAAAAGCUAGACCUCAACAGUUUACGGUCGGUCCGUGAAUGUGCUUCGCUCAUAUUAGCUACUGAGGCAAGGAUCGACAUUCUUAUAAACAAUGCAGGAAUAAUGAUGGCCUCUAAAGGCACGACGGAGGAUGGGUACGAGAUACAUAUCGGGACGAACCAUUUUGGCCAUGCUUUACUGACGUUGCUGUUGUUACCUCGUAUUCUAAAGAGCGCACCGGCGAGAAUAGUGACUGUGGCAUCCAUUGCGCAUAUUUUGUCAAAUUUGGAUUUCGACGAUAUCAAUAUUGAAAAGACGUUAUAUCUUCCAAUGAAGGCGUACGGUAGAAGUAAAGCUGCAAAUAUAUUGUUCUCAAGAGCUCUUCAUUUAAAACUAAGAGAGAAUAACAUACAAAAUGUAAACACAUACAGUUUACAUCCAGGUAUAGUGAGUACGGAAUUGGGGAGGCAUUUAGACAAAUCCCUUUUUAAUGGGAUGACGUGGAUAGUCAAUAAUGUUAUAAGCUGGUUCAUACGCUCGCCACGCUGCGGUGCUCAAACAACCAUCUACUGUGCCAUCGACGAUGCCUGUGCUAACGAAAGUGGACUUUACUACGAUAACUGCCGCGUUUCCCGGACGUACUGCCAAUGUAGUGAUGACGCAACAGCGCUUAAGCUCUGGGAUUUGACCCUCGAAAAACUUGACCUACGAGAUCCAUUUAAAAUCAAAGACUCAGUUUUAAGUAGAAUAUAA